AACGCACGGGCACUGACCUAGUCAAAAUAGAAAACAGAAACAAAAAUCAUGAGAGUGAGAGUUCAUCUUCUUCUCCAAGCUGAUUUCUGCUUGUUAGCUACUCACGUCAACAGAAAAUCUCGCGUUCACCUCCUCUCCAGUCUCUCCGCCUCCCGCUUACUUCUCUGACUCUGUCCUCUUUGGUUUCUUUCCUGUCGGCGACGGCUGGGGUGCUGCGCCGCUCUCACCUUCACCGCCGACGAGCAUUCACAAGUAGUGGUCUCUUACUGGUGGCGGCGUAGAGGUGACGAAAAAACCUUGACAAUGAGCAGCAUAGGCACAGGUUAUGAUCUGUCUGUCACCACCUUCUCUCCCGAUGGCCGCGUCUUCCAGGUCGAGUAUGCCACGAAGGCUGUCGACAACAGCGGGACCGUUGUUGGGAUCAAGUGCAAAGAUGGCAUUGUUCUGGGUGUCGAGAAGCUGGUAACCUCAAAGAUGAUGCUGGAGGGAUCAAACCGUAGGAUCCAUUCAGUGCACAGGCACUCGGGCUUGGCCGUUGCUGGUUUGGCAGCAGAUGGCAGGCAAAUUGUUUCAAGGACCAAAUCAGAAGCUGCCAGUUAUGAAAAGGUCUAUGGAGAACCCAUUUCUGUGAAGGAAUUGGCAGAUCGUGUGGCAAGUUAUGUUCAUCUUUGCACGCUGUACUGGUGGCUCAGACCUUUUGGUUGUGGUGUUAUUCUUGGAGGUUAUGAUAGGGAUGGACCACAGCUUUACAUGAUAGAGCCCUCAGGAGUUUCGUAUAAAUACUUCGGUGCUGCAUUGGGGAAGGGAAGGCAGGCUGCAAAGACUGAGAUAGAAAAGUUGAAACUUUCAGAGCUUACCUGCCGAGAAGGCAUUGUUGAAGUUGCAAAGAUAAUUUAUGCAGUGCAUGAUGAAGCUAAGGACAAAGCUUUUGAGUUGGAGUUGAGCUGGAUCUGUGAGGAAUCGAAGCGCCAGCAUCAGAAGGUCCCAAAUGACCUGUUGGAGCAUGCCAAAGCUGCUGCUCAGACAGCUCUUGAGGAGAUGGAUGCUGACUAAGAAACAAGAUGAUAUGCCCAAACUUCAUGUUUUGGCGCUGUUGAAAUCUCUGAUCCCUUUGGGGUGACAGACUGGAUAUGGCAAAUUUGUCGGAUUUUAUUUUGAUGUCAUGUAAAACUCAAUUGAUGUAAGUUUGGAUCUGAAUUGAUUGAUGUCAUAGCUGUGGCUAUUUACAUUC